AUGUUCUCUUUCAAUAGAAGACAUGGGUCAAGUAAUUCAAAUUCUAUUGAUCUUGAAAAGGAAAAGAAACCAGAAGAGUUCAAUGAUCAAUCCUUAAGAAAUCUUAAUUCAUCAGAUUCCCAAGGUGAAGAAGGUUCAGUCACUGCUAUUCAUACAACACAUAGAUCUUUGAAUUCAAGAACUAUAAAUUUAAUUGCAAUUGGUGGGUCAGUUGGUACUGCUUUAUUCGUUACUAUAUCUGGUGGGUUACUAAAUGGUGGUCCAGCAAAUUUAUUCAUAGCUUAUACUAUAUGGUCAUGUGUUAUGUUUACUAUUAUUGCAUCUAUUGGUGAAAUGGUUUGUUAUUUACCUAUAACUGCACCUUUUAUUCAAAUGGCUGGACGUUGUGUUGAUGAAGCUUUUGAGGCUAUCGUGGGGAUGAAUUAUUGGUUAAUGACUUCAAUAAAUAUUGCUUUUGAAAUCACUGCUGUUAAUUCAAUGAUUAGUUUUUGGAGAGAUGAUUAUUCACCAGCUAUAACUUUUGUUUUACAAAUUUUCAUUUAUACAUUAUUAAAUGUCUUUGCUGUUAGAUAUUUUGGUGAAUCUGAAUUUUGGUUAUCCUUGGGGAAAUUGAUCUUGGCUAUCGGAUUAAUUCUUUUCACAUUUGUCACUAUGGUUGGUGGUAAUCCACAACAUGAUGCCUACGGUUUCAGAUAUUGGAAUAACCCAGGUCCAAUGGUUGAAUAUUUAACUGGUGGUUCAAUGGGUAGAUUCCAUGGGUUUAUGGCUGCUAUGAACAAGGCUGUUUUCACUUGUGUUGGUCCAGAAUAUCUUUGUAUGGUUGCCGGUGAAACUGGUCAAGAAACUCGUAAAGUUUUAGCUAAAUCUUUUAGAACUGUUUUCUAUAGAUUAUUUGUGUUUUACGUUUUAGGUUCCCUUUGUGUUAGUGUUUUAUUGGCUUCAAAUGAUGCAACUUUAGUUAAAUUGGCUGAAACUAAUGGUGGUUCAAAUGGUGCAUUUUCACCAUAUGUUAUCGCAAUGAAUAAUAUGAAGAUUAAAGUUUUACCACAUAUUGUUAAUGCUCUUUGUGUCACAUCAGCAUUUUCUGCUGGUAAUUCAUAUGUUUAUUGCUCUUCAAGAUCAUUAUUAGCACUUUCAUAUAAUGGAUUUGCACCAAAAUUCUUACAAUAUUGUACCAAGAAUGGUGUACCAAUCUUUUGUAUCGGAGUUUCAUUCUGUUUUUCAUUAUUAUCAUUAUUACAAUUAGGUUCUUCAUCAGGUAAAGCAUUAACAUGGAUUGUUAAUGUUACUGCAUCUGCUCAAAUUGCAAAUUAUUUCUUAAUGAGUAUCACAUAUAUGGGUUUCUGGAGAGCUUGUCAAGCUCAAGGUGUUGAUAAAUCCACUUUUAGAUAUAGAUCAUGGUUUCAACCUUAUACUAUACUUAUUGGUAUGUUUUUAACACUUUGUAUGGUUUGUGCAUUUGGUUAUAUCGUCUUAAUGCCUGGAAGAUGGGAUGUUGGUACUUUCUUGACAAGUUAUUUGAUGAUUUUAUUAGAUGUUGUUGUUUUCAUUGGUUAUAAAUUGAUUAAGAGAACUAAAUUUGUUAAUCCAGCUGAAGCUGAUAUCUUUACAGGCAUUGAAGAAGUUGAACAACAUGAAUUAAAUUAUUUAGAACAAAGAGAAAGAUUAGGAUUAGAUGUCAAUCCUUCUAUAUGGCAAAGAAUCAUGAACUGGAUUUUCUGA